AUGUAUAUCUCUACCGCCACUUUCUCCUCCAUUGUCCUUGCGGCAUCUCUGGCCUCUGCUGGCCCUGUUCACGUCAAGAGAGCCGAUGCCUACGCUCAGUGUGGUGGCCAAGGCUUCACCGGCUCUACUACUUGCGUUGCUGGCUACCACUGUGCCGAGUCGAACCCCUACUACUCCCAGUGUGUUCCCGGUGCCGCCAGCUCUGCUCCCGCUGUAACCUCCCAAUCCGCUACCGUUCAGACCACCUCUGCUGCUACCAAGGCCCCUGUCUCCAUCACCAACAAGGCCAGCUCUUCUCAGCCCUCCGACAGCCUCAACAGACUCUUCCAGGCAAAGGGCAAGAAGUACUUCGGUACUGCUGCUGACCAGGGCACUCUCGGUAACGUCCAGACUGCUGCUAUCGUCAAGGCCGAUUUCGGUCAGGUUACUCCCGAAAACAGCAUGAAAUGGGACGCAACCGAAAGCACUCAGGGCAAAUUUAACUUCGCUGGCGGUGACUACCUCGUCAACUUUGCCAGCCAGAACGGCGAACUCGUCCGUGGCCACACCCUUGUCUGGUACUCCCAGCUUCCCCAGUGGGUCCAGAACAUCAACGACAAGACCACCCUCACCAACGUGAUGAAGAACCACAUCACCCAGGUCAUGACCCACUUCAAGGGCAAGAUCUACGCCUGGGACGUUGUCAACGAGGCCUUCAACGAGGACGGCACCCUCCGCCAAAACGUCUUCAUGAAGGUCAUUGGCGAAGACUACAUCCGCAUCGCCUUCGAGACCGCCCGCGCCGCCGACCCCGCCGCCAAGCUCUACAUCAACGACUACAACCUCGACUCUGCCAGCUACGCAAAGACCACCGGCUUCAUCGCCCACGUCAAGAAGUGGAGAGCCGCCGGCGUGCCCAUCGACGGUGUCGGUUCCCAGACCCACUUGGGCAAGUCUGGCUCCUUCAACAACCCUGACAAUGUCCCUGCUGCUUUCAAGGCUGUUUGCGCUGCUGCUCCCGAGUGUGCCAUGACUGAACUGGAUCUUGCUGGCGCUGAUGCCAACAGUUAUGUCAAGGUUGUCAAUGCCUGUGUGCAGACCUCCAACUGUGUUGGUAUCACCGAGUGGGGUGUUUCUGACAGCCAGUCGUGGAGAAAGAGCGACAGCCCUCUUCUCUUCGACGGCAGUUUCCAGAAGAAGGCUGCUUACACUGCCAUUGUCAACGCUCUUAAGUAA